AUGCCCAAGAAGGCAAACUCAACCGUCAUGGAUUCGCAGCAAUCGAGCAAAGACGGGGACCUCCACCUUGGAGCCAAGAACGAGAACCCAAAGAGCAAGGAAGAUAUCAAGACGGACAUCAUGGAGGGCUACGAUAUGCUGGAGGACGAGUUUGUGCAGGACAUGCUGCAGGGACACGACCACACCAUCACUGACGACUAUGUUGACUCGCCGUCGUCGCCGCCACCAGAGGUGGUGGAGGCAAACAAGUGCAACAACAACAAGAAGAACAAUAACAAGAAGAAGAGAAAGGGCUUCUGGAAGCUCAAGCGGAACAAGGACAAGAAGGAGGAUGACAAAGAGGAUGAGGAGAAAGAUGUGAUGGGCAAGGUGGACGAUGGAUAUGUGGAUAUUGCCAAGGAUUUCGUCUUUAAACUGCUCGAUAUCAGUGGCAUCUCGGGCAAGUUGACUGGACCUACGGCGCGGUGA